AUGGGUAGUUUAAGGCAUUUUUUCAGCAGACUGCCCGUCACCGCUGUAAAGUACGGCUUCUGCCGCGAUGCCAGAGGUAGAAAACGUGCAGCUGAAGCACCUUCGAAAUCUUCUAAGAAAGCCAAAGAUGCUGGCGCCAAAGGAAAGCGCGGCAAGAAGCGUAAGCAGAUGAAAACAUUUGGCGUAAAGAAACCUAAAUCUGCGUACAUCUUUUUCACGACUUCGUUGAGACAACGUUUGAAGAAAAGUGGUCGUGAAAUGCCUAAGGCUCAUGAAAUCGCAAAGAUGUGUGGAAGUGAAUGGAGGGCUAUGACGGCUUCUCAAAAAAAGCCUUACGACGAAUUAGCUGCGAGAGACAAACAAAGAUAUAUGGAGGAGAUUAGUAAAUUCAGAAAGAAGGCUGAUCCGGAUAAGCCAAAAAGGCCUCAAACUGCUUAUUUUUAUUUCUUGGCUGAAUUUCGUAAAGCUAUGAAAGCUAAAGGUGUAAUUGAGGGUAAGAAAUUAACCUCGCUUUCUGGAGAAAAAUGGAGGGCUAUGACUCCUGCCGAGAAAGCUAAAUAUGAAGCUAUGGUAACGAAAGACAAAGAGCGCUAUCAACGAGAAAUGGAUGCUUAUCGUAAAAAAAAGGGAAUUAAAGAUGGGGAAGCAAGUAAACCAGUAAAAGUAAAACAAGUAGAAGAAGAAGAAGAAGAAGAAGAGGAAGAAGAAGAAGAAGAAGAAGAAGACGAAGAAGAGGAUGAUGAUGAAGAUGACGACGAAUAA